AUGUGGGCCUGCUGUCAAUGCCACGACACGGCCCUCAUCGUCAUAGCACCUCACUGUCCGGGGUGUCAUCACAAAAGAUGUGUGGCAUGCAGAAAAUUUUCAGUAAAGCCUCGUGUUCACAGUGCCAAACAAGAGAUCGCUUCCAAGCCCGCCGAUAUUGUUCCCGACGUUGGCCAUACCCCAGAUCCAUAUCCGGAAUACGCACGGCCGGUACGGCGGGCCAUUAGCAACUUUCCCGUGCCGCUAGAAAAACAAGACAGAAGUGAACAAGAGACGUUUGGGAAAUCUUUCAAGUCUGGUGGUGGGCGGGAAUAUCCCCUCUUGCCGGGAGCAAAACAGGACGAAGUCGUAAAGCCGGACGGGAAUGAACGUGUGGAACCCACUGGUCCAAAAGGUCAUGCACAAGAAACGCCUAGGCGGCCCUUUAAGUUUAAGGGGUUUGAUGGAGGCGAUAAAAUCAAGUCGGGUUUCGCGAUCGGAGAGGACGAGUUCAUUGCUCAUGACUUUGCCAUCGACGAUACUAGGCGGGAUGUCUCUGUUGUGCCAUCACAUAUUCUGGACGAUUCGGAGUCAGUCGAUCAAAAACGUCAUAUGAAAAAGGAGCCUCAUGGGAUUCCCCUUAAGAGUUUUCAUGGAGGCGAGGAAAGCAAGUCUAGUGGCGGGCGGGAUGUCCCUGUUGUCGAAGUCGGAAGGAAGGACGGAAUCGCACAUGGGGAGUCUGCUGAUCUCCAAGGUCAUGCACAAAAAGAACCUCGCUCGCCCCUUAGGAGCCACCAUACAGGUAAAGAAAUCAAGUUGGACAGCGGGCUGAUCUCCCCCGACGCUCAUGCGCAGGCUAUGUUUGAUUCAAUCCUGGAGUCGGAAUUCUGGCAUGCCGCAGGGACGUUUCAGCAACUCAAAUAUUGGCUUCUGAGCCCGCCGUUGCGCCCGGGAAUGAUACGCCUAAAGUUUGUCUGCGCCUGCGGAGCGAUUGUAUGGGACGACUAUCCAGAGUCCAUGAGCAGCAGGACGCAACGUCUGGAGCGAGACUUGAACCGUUUCUUCAGGCAGACAGCGAAUGGAAGUCAUACCACCGGCGACGGCACACUUAUACGGACCCUUCAGGAAGUCAGCUCUUUCUGUACUCGAGCUUUCAGGGACCUCCGAUUUCUCCUGUCUUCCCAGAAACAUUCUCCUACGGCCAGGUCACCAGAUGCCGAAGCGUCAAGUCGGCCUGGUGCGCCACAAGCAACAGACGAAACUUCAUUUUAUCUCACCUGUGUGUUGAACACCGCACGCAUCCCCGCGCUCAUUCACACCCAGUCGGCGGCGAUCUAUUCCGACCUCGAGUAUUUCGACGCCCUUCGAACGCUGGCCAAGUCUUCUCGGGCGUCACUUGUCAGCAUCUUCAACCCCCGGAAGGUGGUGGCUAUAGCCUAUGUCAAGUUUGAGCUCCUCUUCGACAACGAACACGUGGAGAUCCGCAAAGCCCCAGAUUUUCCCCUGGAUCCGGAGCAUUAUCAGCCGUGCAAGGCGGAAUUUGAAAGGGACGAUUUCUGUCCCUGGGGCCCGAACACCCUGCUUCACUUUUUCGAACGGCGGCACCGGUGUUCGCAUCAUCCGAACAUCCUCGCCCGUAUACCCCGGAAACUAAAGGAGAAGCUGGCCGUUUCUGACCAUAGCCAACCCGGCAUCGGCUGGGGUAUGCAGUUGGUCUGUGACGUGGACAGAUUCCGAGUCGGGAUUAUGGGAGUGGUAGGUUUAGUGGUGAGUUCCGUGAUGGGUAUUCUCUGGGCAAAGCUUCACGGUAACGAUGUCCAAGGAGGUACGGGGCUGGCACAGUGUCUGAUGAUGUUCGUUCCAUUCUUUGUCGCGUUGCGUGGGUUUGGGAAUUUCGUCGAGCAGAGGUAUUGA